UCGUGAUCCAUGUACCAUGUGUGUGUGUGUGUGUGUCGGUCUUUUUUUUUUAGGAUUGUGUGAUCCAUGUUGCUUAGGGGGAUAAAGAUGAAAAUGAGUGGUUCCCUUCCACCCUGCUGUACGAAAGAGAGACAGCGAUAGCCGCAUCCACAUUAUGUUUCUGUGUGGCCAAAUUCGAUCGCCAUAUAACGAGAACCAAUCAGUAUAGUUGGAUGAUGGUACCCUCAAUCUAUGAGAGAUCAAAUCAUAAGUUUGACGCUUUGCAGUCCCAUUAAUGCGGAUUAUUAUUUUGGUGUAAGGCGAUGUUUACAUAGAUAGCGAGGCGUACGUCUUGGAUAGUGUUGUCGAUCUUGAAGCCCCACAAUUUUGAUCCGAUGUUCAGUAGGCGUUGUGUGAGUGCGUGUGUGUGUAUACGUCAACAUCGUAAUCAGUGUAUUUAAAAUAUUCGCCGCGUGCACUUAUCAGUUGGCAUCGUUGUCAAAUUUUCUAUGUGUCUCCACUCUAGUCAUUUCAAACACUGGUGCAACAUGGGUCUGAUUGUAACACAAAUUUAUUUUCAAAAGAGAAAACGCACAAUCGUCGAGUGAUGCGCACUGGCAUACCUAUAUUUUUGGAUUUGGCAAUAGGGUGCGGUUGCCAAGCAAUGUGUGUGGUGCCAAAUCCUAUAAGAGUAGGGGGCCUAUAUAUCUGAGAAUAAACAAACAUUAAAUUUAGGUGCCACGCGCGAUUUUCUCGUCUCUCUCAACCUCUUCUCCUCGGAAGCGCACACACCAAGCUGCACCUCCACCGCACCCUCGUUUCCCGUCCCCCCUGCAAUGGCUCGCUCCCUCCUCGAUAUCCCACCCUAGCCGUCGUCGAUCCGCUCCUCCCCUACCACUGAACUCCGACGCGGGGCAGGGACGGGGGCUCCUCAUGGGGGCGGGAAGGGCUCCGGGCGGAGCAGCUCUGGCGCGAUGGAGAGAGCGGCGAGGGAGACACGGCGGCUGCAUGGGGAAGCAUGGGGAGUGGAGAGCGGGGAGGAAGGACGCGGGGCUCGAGGAGAGUGGAGGAUUGGCUGAUACGGUUUCACCAGGCUCGACCCACCCCACGUCGCCCACGACCGCCGCGGUCAAAUUUUUUUCCACCGAAGACAUACGCCACACACAUACAGGACGCACACUGCAAGCUGGGUCCGCGGGCAAAGCAGUCCCACCUGUCAUUGACUGGAGAACGAGAGCAUAACGUCGAGAGAAACGAAUGGCUGAUUUUUGACAGCACCGUAAAAAAGUGUCAGCGAGGUAGAUCGCUCGAUCCAAAACGAGCGCGCGAAGGAGUUGCUCUAGAGUGGCGGGUAGUGUAGCAUGGUUUAUGUUCAAUGUGCACCCUUACUGACCACACCGUCUCCACCGUCCCCCGCGAUGACAUCAUUUCAAAGAACGUAUGUUUCUAGUUCUCUUUAUUAAUACCAAAAAAUUGAGGUCAUACAAUUCUAAUUUCACCCCGGGCCCCCGAAAUCUCAGGACUGGCCCGAACAAUCUUAUAUUAGUUUACAGAGGGAGUAUUCAACAGGCGGGGAUGUAUUAACUGCCCACGACUGACCAAGGUUUUUGUGUAUUUACCACUCAUAUUCAUGUAUUUAUAUCGGCCAAUGGCCUCAUGAAAAUACAAGUCGCAUACUAUUUCUCAAAAGAAAAGUUAUAUUUUCCUUGAAAAAGUUUAUUUUUGCCUCCACGGCACGCAAGUCGUGCUCGUGCAGCAGCUUGGGCUACGCAUGGGCAUUCCGAUUCCUCCCCUACCAGUGAAUCAGAAAUGUUGUGAACAUUACCUAUCUGUCGACCUACUCCUCAACUGUCAGUGUCUAUAGUUGUAAGGAGAAUAUCAUCGUGAGGCCUGGGUCACAUAUGUGGGGGUAUCACUGCUGAUGGCUACUGUUCAUGCAUCCAAUUCAUUCAGCCGAGAAAACAACGGUGACAAGUUCCAAGGGAAGAUAUGGAUAUCAGAUGUACUGAAAAUGAAAUGCCGAGAGGAAAUUAUUGCUAUAUAUCUAUUUCUUCUGACAAUCAGCAGACAGUUUAUUCACUUUUAAAUUUUCAAUGGGAUUUACAUACUUCUGUCCUCUCCCAAGAGCAGAGCAGAGCAGAGAGCACAGCCAUACUGUAGGACAUACUUUACACCAUGACACAUGCUACUCAAUCCUCUUUAAGAUCUGUUAUGGCACACUGAAAAGGAAUGUUGAAAUGAAAUUUUGUGAUAAUUAGCAGCCAAUAAUGUGAUAGACAUGCUAAGCAAGACAUUUUGUUGUCGGGAGAAACGCAGUUGAGAAGGAGGUCGCAAUUGAGAGAGUGCAGCUGAGAAGGAGAAACACAGUUGAAAGGGAGAAACACAGCUGCGAACGUUCCCAGAAAAGGAUGGCAUUUUCAUCUUGAGAAUACCAAAUGAUCUUUCGAUGACAUUUUGUAAGGCAUAGAGAGCUUGGCAGACGGCGAUGGGUUGGAUUGGGCAGCGGGGAGCGGGGAGCGGUGUCAGGCGGGUGAGCUCGGGUGGUGCAGCGGUGUCGGGUGGAGGAGCUCGAGCUGGAGGUAUCGGGCGGGAGAGGUCGGGCCAGUGAGGGAGAUCGGUGGUGGUGUGGGAGCUUGGGCACAGAGUUGGUAAAAACUUAUCGUGAGCAACAGAGUAGUGAUGAGUUGAGCAACAAAAUUGGUCUAUGGGUUUAUAUACACUCUAUAUGAGAAAAAAAUAGUAAUUAAAUAAAAAGUCAAAAAAUUCAGAAAAUAUUUUUAAAAUAAUGUUGAUCUUCCAUUGCGCUUGUAAGAAAAAUUCCACAAAAAGGAAAAAAGGCCCGUUGACUUCUUUCCAAAAACACAAAAUUUUCGGCCAAAAUAGUGUGAAUAGUGAUCUAUAAUACUAGCAAAUAUUUUUUUUUCUUUUUACCCUGUAUUCAACGCUGGGUUUUUGUUCGCGAUACCAGUGAGUGCAUGAGAAAGUCAAGUGUAUUUAAAAAAAAUUCUAAAUUUUUUUGACCUUUUUUUUUGUAAUUAUUAUUCUCCCCACAUAUAUGAUGUAGGAGUAUAUACGCUAGAAACCAAAGGGCAUUUCCCCCUCUUCCCUAGCUUAUUCCCAAUCAACAGGAGAGGCAAGCUGCACAGAUAUUUUGAGUUUGUCUUUCGUCCGCCGAGGUGUCACCAUCCGUGGCAGGUUAUGAUUCUCUUUCAUCUACAGUUCUAGUAUAAUCUCCUUCACAUGUCAUUCCACGUGCACCAUGGGGAUAUUACUAGCGGCCUAUAAAUAUGGGCCAUGCCGUACGAGCUCUCGUCUGUGGACGCUGCUAGAUUGCAGUUGCAGGGAGGGACCUUGUUUGCCCACUUUGCUGUGGUCUCUAAAUGAGCUUGCAGGAGAGGGGCUAGCCGCUGCCUCCUCAUAAACCUUUCUAGUUAGUCUAGCUUGAGGCAACGGGGAAAUGGCCGCGGCGGCGACGGCGAUGGCCAUGCUGGCGGCGCUGGUGACCCUCGUCCUCGUGCCGUCGGCGCGAGGGCUCGACCGAGCCGAGUUCCCGCCGGGGUUCCUCUUCGGCGUCGCCACGUCUGCUUACCAGAUCGAGGGCGCGUACCUGGAGGACGGCAAGGGCCUCAGCAACUGGGAUUUCUUCACCCACACAAACUCUAGGGGAAUCGAUGAUGGACGGAACGGGGAUGUAGCGGAUGAUCACUACCACCGGUACAUGGAAGAUGUGGAGAUCAUUCAUAGUUUGGGUGUUGACUCCUACAGAUUCUCAAUUUCAUGGGCGAGAAUCCUACCAAGAGGCCGGCUUGGAGGCGUCAAUUCAGCUGGAAUAGCUUUCUACGACUGCCUCAUUGCUGCACUCGUGAAGAAAGGGAUAGAGCCAUUUGUGACACUGCAUCACUUUGAUCUGCCGCACGAGAUGGAGACGCGAUACGGCGGUUGGCUGGGCGCCGGAAUCCGGGAGGAGUUCGACUACUAUGCGGACGUGUGCUUCAAGGCGUUUGGUGACCGGGUCAAGUUCUGGACGACGUUCAACGAGCCCAACCUGUUCACCAGGCUCGCCUACGUGCUGGGCAAGUACCCUCCGGCACGCUGCUCCGCGCCGUUCGGGACCUGCGAGAGCGGGAACUCUCAUCGGGAACCCUAUGUCGCGGCUCAUAACAUGCUGCUGUCACAUGCAGCCGCCGUCCACAACUACAAGAAGAAUUACCAGGCAACGCAAGGCGGAUCGAUCGGGAUUGUGAUUGCGAUGAAAUGGUAUGAGCCACUGACAAAUACCACAGAGGAUAUCCUCGCAGCACGACGUGCCUUGUCUUUUGAGGUAGAUUGGUUUUUGGAGCCGAUAUUCUUUGGUGAUUAUCCCAGAGAAAUGCACAAGUUGUUAUCAUCCAACUUACCAAAGUUCACCCCAGAAGAGAAGAGCUUACUGCAGAAGAACAAGGCGGAUUUUAUCGGUAUAAACCAUUACACGACAAUUUAUGUCAAGGAUUGCAUCUCUUCUCCAUGCGACCUUAAGGCUUAUGAGGCUUAUGAGGCGAAUGCACUAGUCCUAGCUACAGGUGAAAGAGAUGGCGUGGCAAUUGGGAAACCCACUGCAUUCGAUGGUUACUAUGAUGUUCCAGAGGGUAUGGAGCAGAUCGUCAAGUAUGUUAAUCAGAGAUACAAGAACACACCUCUCUAUGUUACUGAAAAUGGUUACUCGCAACACAGCAAUGACACUAUGGACAAAUUGAUCAAUGACGUUGAAAGAGUGAACUACCUACAUGGUUAUCUCACAUGUCUCUCUUCAGCAGUCAGGAAAGGAGCAAACGUGCGUGGCUACUUCGUAUGGAGUAUCAUCGACAACUUCGAGUGGACUUUCGGUUUUACGGUAAGGUUCGGGCUGUAUCAUGUGGAUUAUGGAACGCAGAAGAGGACUCCAAAGAUGUCGGCGAAGUGGUACCGAGACUUCCUCAUGGGCUCUAGGCCGACGGACCAAGUGCAGAUGCUAAGAGCAGAUUCAUGAUAGUUGCAGCCAGUACUGUCAGAUCCAGUUACCCGUAAAAAGAAACUGUCGGAGAGAGUAGUAAUUAAGAAAAAAAAAGUUUGUUUACUUGCUUAUCUUGAAGAUUUCUAAUGGGAUUUUUACAUACUUCCUGCCCUGGACAAGAGCAGAGCAGAGCCAUAUGCCUGACAUAGUUUGUACACCAUGACACAUGCUACUGAAUCCUCUUUCAGGAGCUGCUAUAUAGCAUUGCACGUAGUUCCUUGCAACAUGCUGCAACAAAAGGCUCGGAAAGAUUUUGCA